CAACUCCGUACAGUAUACAAUCGUAUUACCACCCUAAACAAGAACGCAACUCUCUCGCACACUUUUCCACACGCGCCAAAACUUAAAACCCUAAAAAUCAGCCACUUUGCGUAACCGCAUUACAAGCUUUCAGACACAAGCCGUUAUAUAUAAUGUUUUAAAGCGAGGGUGAUUGAUAAAGUACAGUCCAUCGUUCACGCCGAUAUGAAUCGAAUAUUGAUGGUCGUUUUGGAGUCUUUUCUUGUGGCCGUUCUGUUCGAAAUGAAAACUGAUGGAUUUCUGAUUGACAGACGCAGUGCAGCCUCUGAAAGGAACUCCGACGAUUAUCCGGAUUACCAACUAGGCGUCAAAUAUGACGAAUAUCCGAUGAUUGUUCCGAAGAAGCGAACCGCCUUAUUGGUAGAUAGAUUAAUGGUGGCGCUCCAGCAGGCGAUAGAGGAGGAGGAGGCUGCAAAUAGGGUUGAUGGACCGCCACUGACCAACUCGUUCCAGUUGAGUCCGGAAGAAGUCCGGAAGAUGGAUCUGCAAAGGAGAGGUCAUGGCAGCAUGUCAGGCCAGCAAAAAGGACGAGUCUAUUGGAGAUGCUAUUUCAACGCUGUUACUUGUUUCUAAUCCCAGUCUUGCAUUGUUUCAAUUUUUGAUUUGGACCGCGGGUGCGCGCCCCUGACGCUCUAAUUUCGUUUAGUCUAGAGUGCACAAUAAUUCAAUUAUCCACUCUAGCGUUAUGCAAUUAUUUAAAUUUCGUCUAAUGCACCUAUUAAUGGCAAUUGGGUCUUGCAAAAAUUGUGUGUUAAUGGGGUAAUGAGGCGGGGGUGCGCACGUUUUGAAAUCGAUACGCUUCGUUGUUCUUGUGUACAAUUUAUUUUUUUAUCACAUUUUUCAAUUAUUGGAAAGUAGUGUUAAUGAUUUGUAAAUAAGUACUGAAUUCAUACAAAGUUUAAGUAAUGUAUACUUGUGUGUAACCGUACUCGAUGUAAAAUAAAGCAAAUACAAACUG